CGAUGGCCAUUUAUGGCCAACGGAAGAGGCAAGCAAUGGCCAAGAAAUUAUCUAAAUCAGAACAACCUUUCUACGUAGAAAAUGACGAUGAUGAUGAUUACGAGAAUGAGACGGUUACUCUCGCAGGGCUGCUAAAAGAGAUGAGUGACAUAGAUAAAGAUCUGGAGGUGCUUGUUGGAAAAAAGAAGGCAAUAGUAGAUAAAAUGAAAAGGAUAAUCAGUACUGAAAAAGAUGAAACCAGUUCCCAUCCGCAGAUUUUAUAUCGCCCUCCACCAUCAUCAUUCUCCAAUAAUAGUAAAAGAAUAAAUAAUCAAUCUCGCGCUGUACUUCCGUUUAUGGCAACAUCAACUGCUGUGGGUUGAAAUAAUAAUUUGAAUAGGCAGUACCGCUUCAACAGAGUUAUGCGUAUAACGACGAACGGCGACAUCGUCAAAUGCUUCCCUUUGAGGAUCAAAAACUACAAAAACAACAGCUCCAGCAGCUAAAUUAUUAUCAGCAACUUCAGCAGCAACAAUUAUUAAUGACCAUGACGAUGAACAAUGAUGUCAAAUUAGGGAUGUCAACUUCCAUCCUUUCUGAGUCCAACCCGUCUACCUUUAUUUCUUCUACACAGCAUCCUCAUGAGCUCCUUCAGCAACAGCAACAGCAGCAGCUGCUGUAAUCCGAGAAUUUGAUGCGAUAUAGAAAAAAAGACGUUAGCGUUAUCCAACUGAUCAGAUGGACUCCACAUCCCUAUCGAAUAAUGUGUUGGUAUCGAACAACAACGAACAAGGGCAAACUAAUAAAGAUAAUACAAUAAGACCAUUCGAUGAAAAGCGACGACGACAUGACAUCAGCUUGCAAAAUAAUGAUAGUUUUGUUAACAAGUACAAUUAUAAUUUUGAUGACUUUGACGAUGAUGACGAUAAUUCUGAUGAUAAUGGUCACGACGCUCAACAAUAUGAUAAUGAAUCAGAUGAAAACUAUGACAAUGCUAAUAACACUGCUCAGAAGGAUGAAGACGACGCCCCUCAGCCUCAGGCAAAAUCUACUAAAAAACCUACCAAUUUAACGAUUACUGGCCGUAUGUUUACGCGACCAGAAGUCGAAACACUUAUAAAGAGAACGUUUAAAAACUAUCAAUCAAAAGGCGUUUUUUACUCAGAAUAUUUAAAUUUACCGGAUAAAAGUACUAUGUCGUGUCGAAAGCGCGCCGGAAAAUCUAUCCAAAAAAUGAAUCCUGAUGAAUUAAAAACUUUGUUAAAAUGUACGAUGCAGGAAGCUGAGGAAUUUUCUGACUUUGUUAACAAUAUGAAAUUUGUAUAACUAUAUAAAAAACCAUGUUAAUUUUUAAA